AUGGACACUUUUCGUCUUCUCGUUGAAGCAGCGGAGAUCAUGCGGCAGGCCGCCGAGGACAGAGGACGCCCUCCUCCAAAAUCUGGGGCCAGUCUACCCGCCGAAAUCAUAAACCAAAUGGUUCCAGAGCUUGACCCCAUCUCGCUCAUGAAUCUCAGCGGACGCUCUGCUUCAAAUUAUUUGACCAGUAUACCCGCCGAAACCAUGAACCAAAUGAUUCCAGAGCUUGACCCCAUCUCGCUCAUGAAUCUCAGCGGACGCUCUGCUUCAAAUCCUUUGACCGAUAUACCCGCCGAAAUCAUGAACCAAAUGAUUCCAGAGCUUGACCCCAUCUCGCUCAUAAAUCUCAGCCAAGCCAGCCAACAGUUCCGGCACAUCAUCAAACCAUGCAAGGAAGAGCUCAUCGAGCGGCUUCUCGCGCUGGAGUGCACCGAGGAAUUUGGCGGUGCCGAACCAUCCAUCCACCGGCGAGCCUGGAGACCUCCCAGCGACGUACCCAUCCAUAGGAACAUAGAACGGUACCCUUCAGUCGUGGACACGAAUUGGGGGGCUCAGCGAUACGCGUGCUGCGGCUGUUUGAAGCUCCUGCCUCACUACUACUUUGACAAUCGCUCCAUUCAGAGCGAAGGCCUUCGGAAGCCCAUGUUUGGCACGCCGGGUGCCGAGUUCAAAACUUGCUGGAGACCGUCCAAGAGAGGCAUGCAUCGGCAGCAUGUCCAGGGUCUGAGGAGGGCUCAGAGGAAGGAGCUUCGCCUGGCAGAGAGCGAGCUGCAAGAGGGCGACCCUGUUCUGCUCCAGUAUACAGCAGCCUUUAAAACCCUUGACCUCGACUAUAGACGCGAGCUCAAUUCUCGGGAGUUAAAGGGAGUGGAUGACUUCUCGAUAGACAGCUGGGGACGGCUCCUGACACCAGUAAAUGCUCGGACUGUAAUCAAGAUGUUUACGGAGGUUGGUCGCCGGGGCCAAAACCGCCGCACUCGCCGUUGCAACGAGUGUCUCUACCAGAGAGAUCUGGCUAUUGAAUCCGCGACCAGCGACGGGGACAUGCUCGAAAUCCCCACCGUGAAAAGGAGUCGGCUCGUCCAUUGCGGAAGCGCCCUACGUCGGUACUUCCCGGGCUAUUCAGAGAUAUAUGGCAGAGAGUGCCCGCCGAUUCCCACCCUGAGAAUGCCAUCCUUUGUCCGCUGGGUCAGGUUCCAGGAGAUGUGGAAUAUGUGUAUGAUCCGAUGCCCUGGAUGCGAGGUAUGGCAAGAGAUGCGAACAUUCCGACUCAGCGGGACACUUUUGGGUUGUGGAUUCGAAGUCAAACCGGAUGCAGGGGCAGGACUGGCCGAUUGGGACGCCAUGGUUCUGGAGCCGCAGAUGUGCGGGGAAUCUGUCUGCAAUCACUGUUUUGUCAACAAGAAUGGCAGGGAUAAGCUGAAGCAGGUUUUGGUGAGAUGGCUGUCCCAUGAGCAGUCGCAGGAGCUCGCACGCCUUGAGGCAUUGAUCAAGGUAGGCUGGAUAUCGCUCGGGGACGCCCUCAGCCACCCCAGAUUCAACUCGGACCCUUGGGUCAAGCUCAAGAAAGAACACCGUCGUGGUCUCUCAGGCAUCAGUCCAAUCCUCGAUAAGAACCAUCAGCUGAACCUUAGCUCAAUGACGGUUUUGAGGUCAUGGUAUGAAGUGCUUUUCCGCAAGGACAAGACCGACGCAGCGGAGACUUUUGCCACCUAUUUCAACCCAACGCGCAACUGGGAGUAUCAAUGGUUAAUCAACUUCCCGCUUCUCCAGUCGCACUGGUUUCACCUCACAGACAUGAUACAGGAGGUCCAGGCCGAUCCAGAACGGCUGGUAGACUGGGCUCUAGAACCACGUCUGGGCCUGCCAUUGCAUGAUGCAGACGAGGCCGCUUUCAGACAACAAGCGCAAUGA